AUGAAUUCAUUCACAGAUGUAUUCAACGAAUUUUCCCAAUAACAUAAUCAAUAAUUCAAAUUGAGAGAUUUAUUAGCAUUCUUGGAUUCAAAAUGUUAGAAUGGAUAUUUUGAUCGUGAUGUAUUUCAAUAGUUAAUUGAUUAAAUACCAGGAGCUUAAUCACAAUAGCAGUGUACAAUUAACUAACUGAUUUAUGUGAUGAAGAAAGCUUAUGAAGUCUUAAACGAUAAGAUAAAUAAAGGCUAACAAAUUAUAGAUCAAAGAAAUAUCGAACUUAGAGCAUAUCAAGACAAAUUAAGAUAAUCUCAAACUAGCAGUCUCACUAAUACCAAUAAAUUAAAUAUCGAAAUUCUUGAUGCUGAGAUUUUUUAUCAAGGGAGUGGAUAAUUGUAAGUGAGUGUAGAGUGCAUGACAACCGUAAAUUAUCCGGUAGAUAAAAACCUUAAUGGAAUGAAUGCUUUGAAUUGUAUUUAAUCUAAAAUAUUUAGCAACGCAAAUGAAUCUGCAAUCUUAAAAUUCAUCUUAUUAGAUACUGAAUUACUACAAAAAAGAGGUCUAGGCGGAGUUGCCUACCUUGAUAUUAAUACAUUUAAUGAUUAAAUGCUUCAUGACAUCCAUGUCAAUCUUACAGAUGAAAGUAACUCUGUUAUUAGAGCUAAAUUGCAUAUAAAAGUUUAGUGGAUUCAUUCAAAAAAUAAAUACUUGAUUGAUUUAAUCAAUGAGAAUACAGUCCAAAUCAAUCUAUUGGAGUAGGAAUUGAAUGAUCAUGUUAUAGAUUUGGAAAUUAUUGCCUAACCUUUUAGACAGGAAUUAAAAGUUCCUAAUGUAGGUAUUUCAACCUAUUAAUCAUAACCAAAUUAAUAAUAAUAGUUACUAUAUCAAUCUUAAAAUGGAGCUUAAUCCAUUGAUGAAAGAUAAAUAGAUAGGCUUGUUUAAAUCUCUUUGUUGUUAACGAUUCUCUAUUUAAUUAUUGGCCUACUUAAUAGUAUCUACCGAACUAUCUAUCUGGAUUACAUUGUAAUAUUUUACUGCUUUCUAUUUUAUUAAAAAAACUUUAGAUUGCAAUCUUUACUGCAUAUUAAAAUAAUAAUGGCUAUGCUAAUUGUUGCCUUGAUCCAAGACAUUGUCUGGUUGGCUAUUUAUAGCACUCCUUACUUAGGAGAGUUUAAUCCACAUUAUGAUCAUUUGGAAUAUGGAAUAUAAAAAUAUUAGGUGAUACUAAGUGGAUUGCUUUUAUUAUGCAAAAUUAUUGUAUUAAUAUUUUAUGUUCAUAUAUACUCUACAUACCCAGACAAACAAACAUAAAUUUAUGAUCAAUAAUGGUAAUCAAUUUUUGGAUUGAAACAAGGUAGAGAAAUAAAUGUUUAUCGAAAUUAUUAUUGA